AUGAUCAGUGGAGGGGCACCCCUCGCCGAAACCAGCAACCGAUCCGUCAAGAACUACGUUCGUGCCGUUCGGCACCCCCAAAUCCUCAGCAUAGCGGGAGGACGCAACGACAAAAUUCGGCGACUCGGUAGGGAACCCAUCACCUUUUCUGAAGAGGAAGAAGGAGGCAUCAUCUUCCCCCACUCCGAUCCCAUGAUCAUACGAGCCGAUGUUUCAGAAUUCGAUGUGGGCCGAAUCCUCAUAGACACCGGCAGUUCGGUCAAUGUACUAUUUGCCGACGCUUUUAAUGCCCUCGGCAUAGAUCCGCAGCAUCUGAACAAAGACAUCACUCCCCUCCUAAGCUUUUCUGGUGAUGUGGUUAAACCUAUCGGCAGUGUUCAGCUCCCAUUCGCCGUCGGCACUAUCCCCAGACGAACGAUCAUCUACACUCACUUUCUGGUAGUAGAUUGCCCAACGGCAUAUAACGCCAUCAUCGGCAGAACGACGCUCACCAAAAUGAAAGCCAUGCUGUCACCACACAUGCUCCUCCUCAAGUUCCCCACACACGCUGGUGUAGGCCAAGUGCGAGGGGAUCAGUUGAGUGCACGGACAUGUUACGUUUCGGCAACAAAGGACUCGGCAAGAGCUACGCUUCACGAAGCAUACUAUGUUGCUACCAACGUGGUUGUACCGAACGGCAGGGGGGCGGACAAACCAGAUGAUCCUCGAGAUGAGGCCGUCACCCCACAAGCGCAACCCAUUGAAGAUCUAGAAUCGGUCACCCUCUCCGAAGCACAGCCCGACCGACAAGUUCGAAUCGGCACCACCUUGAGUUCGGCACUACUGGCCGAUUUCAUUGCCUUUUUGCGCGCCAAUACAGAAGUCUUCGCCUGGUCAUACAAUGACAUGCCUGGCAUCGCCCCAAGUGUCAUCAGUCAUAAGCUCAGCAUUUGUCCCACUUUCAAACCCAUCAGACAGAAAUGGCGGGCCUAUGAUGCCGAACGAUACGAAGCAAUGAGGCUAGAGGUACAGAAAAUGAAGACAAUCGGCUUCAUCCAGGAAGUCACUUACCCAAUUUGGUUGGCCAAUUCAGUCUUGGUCAAAGAAUCAAGCGGCGCCUGGAGAAUGUGUCAGGAUUAUACCGAUUUAAACAAUUCUUGCCCCAAAGAUAGUUUUCCGUUGCCCAGGAUCGAUCAAAUGGUAGACGCCACGGCAGGCCAUGAACUUCUCAGCUUUAUGGAUGCGUACUCGGGCUAUAACCAGAUAUUCAUGAGCCCUACUGAUCGCGAACAUACGGCAUUCAUCACCGACAAAGGACUUUACUGUUACAAUGCCAUGCCGUUUGGCCUGAAGAAUACUAGGGCAACAUACCAGCGCUUGGUCAACAAAAUCUUCUCUGAACUCAUCGGCACCACGAUGGAAGUUUAUGUGGACGACAUGCUGGUCAAAAGAAAAACAGCCGAUUCUCAUCUUCACAACCUCUCCCUCAUGUUCAGUGUCUUAAAGCAGUACAACAUGCGUCUCAACCCAAGCAAAUGUGCCUUCGGCGUCUCUUCAGGCAAAUUCCUUGGCUUCAUGAUCAGCCAAAGGGGCAUUGAGGCCAACCCUGAAAAAUCAAGGCAUUGCUCGACAUGUAGAUACCGAAGACGCAGAAAGAUAUUCAGAGUCUCACUGGGCGCGUCGCCGCUUUGGCCCGAUCGGUGCGCCCCAUUCUUCAAGGCCCUCAAAGGAAGCAAACGGCAGAUUGUCUGGACUACCGAAUGCGAUCGAGCCUUCCAAGAUCUUAAGGCCUACAUGAGCAGAGCACCCCUGUUAUCCACCCCUCUUCCCGGCGAAGAACUCAUCCUCUACCUCUCGGUUUCGGCAACGGCACUCAGUUCUGUGCUCAUUCGCAAGCCGAACGGCAUAGAACUCCCAAUUUUCUAUAUUAGCCAUGCCCUGCAAGAUGCUGAGCUUCGGUACCCUGAGCUCGAAAAACUCGCCUACGCUCUAGUCCUCUCAGCACGAAAGCUUCGGCCGUAUUUUCAAGCUCACAGUAUCACCGUUCUCACCAAUCAGCCUCUACGCCAAAUACUACAGAGACCCGAGACAUCCGGUCGACUAGUAAAAUGGGCCAUCGAGCUCAGCGAAUUCGACAUCCACUAUCAUCCUCGGCCUGCCGAGAAGGGUCAAGCCGUGGCUGAUUUUAUCUCCGAGAUGACCACGUCCGAAAGCGCUGAUUCGAAAUAUAUCACCCCCGGUUUGGCCUCGGGUUCAGUCGCCCAUCCGACCGAAGGAACAUUUAAUCCAUCAAUUCCCCUGUGGACUCUCUAUGUGGACGGCUCGUCGAACCGACAAGGCAGCGGGGCCGGCUUAGUACUGAAGGCCCCUGAUCAAACGACCAUCGAAUAUGCCAUCCGAUUCCAAUUCCAGGCUUCCAACAAUGAAGCCGAAUAUAAAGCUCUGUUGGCAGGCCUUCGGCUUGCCAAAGAAAUGGGUGCUCAACAACAAAAGAUAUGCAGCGACUCACAACUUGUCGUUAAUCAAGUACUGACUGAAUUCGAAGCCAAGGAUACUUCGAUGGCUGCCUAUUUGACGCAUGCCCGCCGAUUGCUCCACCACUUCACCACGUAUCAAGUUCAAUAG